AUGCAAAUACACAAAAAAGUGAUACGACCUCUUCACCCGUAGAUGGAAACCCCACAAUAGAGAAUUUACAGUUAAUUAUUGAAAUCAAAGAAAAUGUGUUCAAAAGAAACUAUGAGGAAAUGGAUUUAAAAACAAACGAAUUGAAAGAAAAUAUCACCCAUCUAAAGGAGAAAAAUGAACUACUACAAUCCGAGUUAGCUUCACAUGCUCUUAAAUAUGAACGAACACUAGUAGAUGUCGACAAACUCAAGGUGGAAAACGAACAACUGAAAUCCAAAUUAGCAGCAUUAGAUGUCAACAAACUCAAAGUGGAAAAUGAAUUACAAGCCAAAUUAGCUACGCAAGGAGAUGUCGACAAAUUCAGGGUGGAAAAUGAACAACUGAAAUUCAAAUUAGCAACACUAGAUGUCGACAAACUCAAAGUGGCCGUUGAUGACUGUGACGAUGGACUUGCGGAGACAGACCAUUGUGCUGGUGAUAACAAAGAAGCCAACGCAGAAAUGAAAUUGGUGUUAGAAGAAUUCACAAUUACAAAUAAAAAAUUGACUGACCAAAUCACCGACCUGAAAAAUCAACUAGCUCAAGAAAGGUCUAAAACAUGUGAACACGAAAUUUUAUUGGGUAAGACUGAAAAUCUGAAAAGUGAUUUGAUUGCAAAAGAUGACGAAUUGUGUAGGAUUAAGAUGGAAUUUGACGAAGCCAAACAACAAAGCAAAAGGGACAUUGCUGCAAAAGAUGAAGGAUUGUGUAGGAUUCAGAAGGAACUUGACGAAGCUAAACAACAAAGAAAAAGGGAAAUAGGUAAUGUUUGAUUUGCUUAAUAUAGUACUUUUUAUCGCUUUAUAAGCAGUUUGUACACACACAUCAUUCCAGUAUCGUUACAGUUCGACCUC